AACAGCGGCGUCAGUCCAACUGCCGGACUAGAAGCAGGGAAACGCGGUUCCGAUGACCACACAAGUGAUGGACCCGAACCGGGCCCCGGUGGCGUUCGGCCGCCGCGCGGUCCCGCAGCUGUUCGAGCAGCUGCAGGUCCAAGACCCCGCCCACAAGGUGCGCGCUCUGACGUCACUCUGCGACCUGGUCCACGACCCGGAGCGGCUGUACCAGACCGUGACCGGAGGUUUCCUGGAGCAGCUGCAGGUUCAGCUGCAGGACGAGGAUGAUGCAGUCAGGAGCAAAACCUGCGAGCUGCUGCACCUGGUCAUGAACCACAGCAUCGGCAGGUCGGCUCUGCUGGCCUCCAGUCUCCUCCCUUCGCUCUCCAACCUGAUGGACGACCCGUCGAUCUCCUGCAGGACCAACGCCCACCGGGUGCUGAGCGGCCUGGCGCAGCUGCCUGCAGGCGCUGAGGCUCUGCUCUCUCUGGUCCCCAAGCUGAUGCUGAAGCUGCGUCAGUUGGAGGAGGUGCGUCGGGAGAAGCAGGAGGAGGAGCAGGAGCUGCUCCUGUCCACUCUGACCUCCUGCUCCAGGCUGGACCCCCUGCCGGCUCUGGCCUCCGACGGCAUCCCCAUCCUGGGUCAGACGCUCACACACACUUCCCCAAGCAUCCGCAGGGAGGCGGCGGCCGCCCUGAUGGCGCUCAGCGUCCCUGGAGACGGGAAGCAGCAGGUCUGCGAUUAUGGAAUCCUCCAAACUCUUCUGCCUCUGCUGCGUGACAGAAGCCUCGAUGUUCAGACCAACGCCGCCGGAGUCAUCAUGAACACC